AUGGCGACCCAAUCUUCCUCCAAAGAAAUGGAUCAUCAGGUAGAACAAGCACAGACAAUCCUAAGGAAGAACAAGAAACCAGUAGAGUGGCUUGAACAUUUUCUGAAGAGAAAUUUCUUUGAAUCUUGUACAACUCAUCCAAUUCGUAGAAAUGAGACGAAUAGAUAUUGCAUAAAUUGCAAUUUAUCUGCUUGUCAGUAUUGCAUGUCUUCUGCUAAUCAUAGGCAUCAUAAAAUCCUAAAAAUAUAUAGGCAUGUCUACAAGGAUGUUGUCUCCCUUGCUGCAAUGGAAAAGUACAUUGACUGUUCUCACAUUCAGCCAUAUAAGUGCAACAAGCGCUUGGUUAUCUCUCUGAAUCCUCUCCCACACUGCGGUCCGCUAUCAAAUAACGGAGUUUGUGAUGUCUGCAAGAGAAGAUUGGCUGAGCCCGAAUUCUACAAAUACUGCUCUAUUUCUUGCAAGGUUACAGCAUUUGGAAGGAAGUCGAGCGAGUCCGAUCCUCCCUUUCUCUCAAUCCAAAUUCCAACCAACAUAGGAAGAAACAAAGAGUCAAAAACUGAGAAACAAAAGCGAAAAAGGAAGGGAAUACCUUGCAGGGCUCCCUUCUUCUAA